AUGGCGUCUGCCGGUGCUGUCGCCGCGGCAACCCUCCAGAGUCUCCAUCCCUCAGGGCGGAGAUCGGAGGGUUGCACGCCGCCGCCUUCGCAGACUGCCCUGGGCUCUCCAUACACUCCGUUCUCGCCGGAAUGGUGCCUGCGCCGGGGCCUCGCUCCGCUUCCUUCCGGGGAACGGUCCGGACCUCCCGACACGAUCAUGUUCAAACUUCUUCCGCCUCCUCGAACACGCGUCGACUCGCCGCAGCGCACAAAGGGUUCGCGGAGUGGGGGAAAACGGCGUUCUCUCUCGAGAGAGCCGCCCUGCAAUCGGCUUCUCCCCUUCAUGUUCCGGGAUCUGAGGUCUCACCAAGACCGCCAGGAACUUCUCCAGCGACUCCAGCUCCACUCUCGAAAGCGAACGCAGCGGCCGAACCAGUCGCUGGCGCCUCCGUCCGAGUUUCCUUCCUCGGGCGAGCGUUUCCACGUUUCGGCGGCACAGAAACGUGGACAUGUCGAGGCUGCAGACGACUGCAGUGAAGGAUCUGCCGAGGUGGACGAAGCGAAGAAAAGAAUCAAAACAACGGUUGAGCCCUCGAGAGACGAACGCCACGCGUCGGCUGCCUCUCCUGCCUCGUUGUGUCCUCCGACGAAGCUACCCGGAGACGCCGCGACGCAUUGGGGACGAACUGAGCCUCCUCAACAGGCUUCAGGGGCUGUCGAAGGGACAGCAGCCUCCGCAAAAGACGCAGCUGAAGAGACGAGCCUGGACGGCCGGGGGAAAGGCUGUGAGGCGGGCGGUGCUGAAGCGUCUCAGGGCGACAGGGGGCGGGAGCGCGCGAACUGUAGAGACAGCGGACGAGAGACGUCCGUUGCGUUCUUCAGCUCGGGAAGUUCGUUCUCAGGAGGUAGCAAUGGUCCGGCGGCGCCGGGAGCUUUGUAUUCCUUUGGAUUCCAGUGCUUCUGUGUGAACACAGCAGGUGACACACUUGCUGCCGCCUGCGCCGACACGAUCCAUCUGUAUCACGUGGCGACGAAAACUCUGCACGUCUCCAUCCGUCUUCCCUCGCCUCCGCCUGCUUGCGGCUGUGGCGUCUCCCAAGACACCGAUGCGUGCCCUACCCUUCUCCCCAUUCAGUCGCUCCAAUUUUUCGACGAGGAUCGCCUCCUGCUUGCCGUCACUGCGUGCGGCCAUUGCUACGUCUACUUCCUACACCACGAGCCUGAGCCCGCUCUCCUCGCGUACGCCAAUUUGCACGAGGUGUACGUACACGCCUUGAACCGCCUUCCGUUUCUUUCCGGCGAAACACCUCUCGAGCGCGGCGGAGCGCUGCCCGAGCAGAGCUUCGGCACGCGCAACGUGCCUCGCGGAAUCGGAUCGGAAAUGCACAGUGCAGACACGGCAGAGAGGCAGGAGUCGCUUGCGACGGAGAAACCGCCAGACCCACAGGUCGGACAGCCCUCCCCACAUGUAGGAAAAGCGGAGGAAAGAGAAGAAAACACGUCUGAAUCUGCGACAGGGGACUUUCGCGAGACUAGGCCGUCCACCAGGGCCUUGACGUCUGCGGUGGUCACUGCCGUCGAGCCCCUAGAAGUGCGUUACCCGCCUGCAAUCCUCACUGCUUCUCACCGGAGCACAGAUGCCUGGAGAUUCGCAUGCGCAGCGGCGGCUGCGGCGGCUGCGCAUGGCCACAGUCUCUCUCCACGGCGCCGACACGGACGAGGCGCUGGGGAGACAGCCGCGCCGGCUUCAGGCUCGCCUCUGCCUGCGGCGGUUGCCGACUCGAGGAUGGAGAUAUCGACCGUCUCGGGGCAUUUGAUUUUGCUCGUCUCGUAUGCGCCGGAUGCCGGAAGCGCAGAGGCAUAUGAUGCGCAAACACGAAGGAAACGGAACUGGUUCCGACACUACACUGCCCCGAUGGUCAUCCACCUCGAGCUCCGCCCCACGCUGUUGCUUCUUCGAAGUUUAGAGAUCCAGCGUUGCGGCCGCGCGAGAUUGCUCGCCUCGCCGCGGCAACCCCUGGCUUCGCGUUCCCCCGCGCACCUGUCUCCUGACGGCGGCCACGCGCUUUGCUCUGACGACGCGAAGGCCCGCACCCUGCUCGCCGAGUCUCCGCUGCGCCUUCUCCCCCCGCCUUUUCCGUGCUGCCGGACAUUGCCCACGUGGGACUCGAGCUUCACGCUCCUCGAAAAAGCGCGACUCGGGCGGGCCCCCUGGAACCGAAGAGCCGCCGGUGCGCAGCCCUCCGCGGGCGUCAGCAGCCGCAUGGAGUGCAGAUUUCCUUUCUGCGUCUUUCGCGUCAGUGUCCCUGCUGGAGGCUUUCCCGGGCACGCCGACGAGGGCGGAUCCGUCUCGGACAGCGCCGCAUCAGAAAGGCCUUCGGCAGACAACGCGGCGGGAGAAGAGAAACGCGGGGUGGACGCGACUGCGCCAGUGGACGAGCGCGAGACGGAUAUGGAGAUCGACCGCACUCAGGACGGCGACAGACCAGGGAUCGGGUGUUCCAGCGCGGAGCCCGGAAACAAACGCGGCGGGCCAAGGCCGGGGCGGCUCCUCGCCCUCGUGGCGGUCUGUUGCCCCGACGGCUACCUCGUCCUCGUUGACUGGCGACAGCGCCGGGAGCAGAUCGCCGCUCUCCGGCGCCAGGCUGCGCUCACGAGCAGCGGGUCUGAGGCGCGAAUCGUCUGGGGCGCGACCGUGGUCGGGAUGUCCGCGGUGUCUGCGCGAGAAAUCUCCGUUCGCGACGACGGGCAAGUGCUCCUGCUGCGCUGUCCAGACCGCCUGGUUGUCGCGCGCCUGGUCUUCCCCUGGACUUGCCCGAUGGAGCGCCAAACGCUGCUCAGGGUCCACCGGGAGCAACAGCGCGAACAGCGACAGCAGUUUGCGCUCCACUGGCAGAAGCAACAACUCAUGCAGCAGCGCGGCGAGGCCCGCGCAGGACUCGGUCGGGGUCGCGGACGAGGCCGCGGCCGCGCCGGCGCCGGGUGCGUCCGAAGUCGCCGGCGGCCCCGGCGCGAAGAGGAAGAACUCAGCGGCUCGGACAGCGGCGAGGACGACGCAGAAAGCGAGAAGAAGCGGAACGGCACGGAUCCAGACGAGACAGCCGAAAGCGUGGCGGGCGAGGCAGGGACGCAGGAGACCCUCGGGAAGAACGGGCUGACGGCCGAGGGCGAAGAUUCCGCAAAGCCGAAAGCGAACGUCAGCGAGGCAGUCCCAGAGCAGGCCAGCGCCGAAACGAACGAAGCGGCCAGGGAGCAGAACACGGUUUCUGCCUCCGCGGACCGCGCUGAGACCGUUCCGGAGUCCCCCGACAGCCAGCCGCAUUCUCGAGAAGGGACGGGUUCUGUGCCGCCGACGGCAGGAGAUAAAGAAACGGGGGAGUCGGGGCUCGCAGGUUCCGGGGAGGCGCCGGUGUCGGCGGGAGCGUGUGGACAGAAACCUCGUCCUUCAUCCGACGAAAGCGAGGCUGAGAGCGCGCACGAGGAAGGUGAGGACGACGGGGGAACGUUGAUCAUUAUCCAGUUCAUUCACAUGGACUGCGUCCAGAAGGAGUCGUAUACGGCUCUGAGUCUAGCCAGCGGGGCAAGUCUCCACAAAGGGUUAGCCGCAGCCGCCGUGGACCGGAACGGCCUCGCCGCUCUCUACUUUUUGGAUCUCUCGGCGGUCAUUGCAGUCGAAGCGAAAGUUCUCGUGUUGGAAGCCGCAAAGCUUUCGCCCUUCAAACAGAUCCACUGGAUCCCGGAUGUCUCUUCCACGCAACUCGCCGGCUUGGCGGCGAUGGAGGCGCAGGGGGACUCAGCCUUGCCAGGGCGGCUGCCGCCCCAGGCCGGAUGUGUGCGCCUGGAGACGGACGGAGAGCCACCUGUCUCCUCUCCAGGGGAGGCGAGCGGCGCGGCGCGACCGGCAGAAGGCCACGGACCGUCCAGAGGCGCCGGGGGGAGUGCAAGCAGUCGCUGGUGGGCUGACCGACAGAGCGGGGAGCGAGGCGCGGCGGGGCCGGGCGGAGGCCUCGGGCCCGUUCGUGCCCCGCGCGCAAGUGGGAACUUUAGCUGUUUGGUUGCGCUCGAGAAGAAGUGGGGGACCUUGCUGUUUUUCUAUCCGAAGCGCACAAAGGUCUGGUGGCUUCUGCUCCCCGAUUUCGAGAGACUGGACCGGAACCGGGAAGAAAUCGAGGCGGAAGACGAGUUCGAGAAAGACAGCAGCAAGCUGCCUCCUUGGCUCCGCGCGACAGCCGACCGGACCGACGGGAGCGGCGCGGAAUCGCUCCUGGCGCUGCAGCCGCGGGAACGGGAAGGGGUCCGAAGGGAGAGCGGGGCAUCUCUGGCGAGCGACGCGAGCGCAGCGACGGAAGAGACAGUCCCCGGCCCCGCCGUCUCUCUGGCGCCGCCGCCGGCAUCGUCUUCGUUUCUCCCUCUGCGCGUCGGCUGCGACCCGCGCGUUCUUCUUCCUUCGCCCUCCUACCCGUUCUACUCGCCGCUGGCCAGCGUCUCAAGCGGAACGCUCGAGAGAUCUUCGGCAAGAAACCGUGGAAAACCUGAACGCGCUCCGGGGCGAGUCGUCGCGGGGGCUGACGCCGCCGAGGCGGCAGCCUCCGGCGCGCUUUCGCGAGCUCUGCACGAGAUCGGCUUGGACGGCGGCGACCCGCGCGUGAACGGCAGUGCAAAAGGGGACACAGAGACAGACGUGCACUUAGCGGAGACGGCUCUCCGGUUAGCAGCGGCUGCCGAGGAGGCAGCCGACAGUGUGCUGAUGUCGACCUUACGGCUUUCUUGCACUUCCGAAGAGGACCGAGACUUCCUUGGAGUGCACCCUCUGGCGCGUGAACUUCUCGCGUGCUUGAAUCAGACCGCCUCUGUCGCCGCCGCUGCCGGCGCCGGCGGCGCAGUGGAGGAAAGCUGCGUCGAUGGCUGUGAGGCCGCAAGUCCACGCGAGCGCGGCUGCGCCCGGAACUGCGGCAGGCCGGCGAACGCACAGGCCGGCCGCGAGGACGGAGUCGACUGCUGGGGGAUGCGCUGUGAGUGGCUACGCGCCUGCGAUUCGUUGCGGGCGAGCUCGGAAGCCUUUUUGGAGAUUGGCGGGUCCGCGGAGCGUGCGAACGGUCCUGCAGGCUCGGAGGACACGCCGCGGGGGGACAGCGCGAGCAGCUGGGCGAGGGCAGUGCGUCGGAUCGAUCUUCCCAGCAUCUACAGAGAGAGAAUGAGAAGAAGCAGAGAAGUUUUCUGCACCAUGGCAAACACGCGCGACUGUGCCUGGAAAUCGUAUGCGGCCGCGUCCCCGCCAUGA